AUGAACAAUCAUUUACUUGCUGAAGUAACAAGAGAGGAAGUCCAGCUAGCUACUUUCCAAUUGGGAGCAACCAAAGUUCCAGGACUUGACGGUUUUAAUGGCCUCUUUUAUCAUAGUCAUUGGGACAUAAUACAGGAUGAUGUUUUUACUACAGUGCAGAAUUUUUUCAUUACUGGUGUGUUGCCUGCAGAUAUUAACAGAACUUCUAUAUGUCUGAUUCCUAAAGUACCGAAUCCAGAGAGAAUAUCACAACAGCUAGGUAACGUACCGGAUUUUGAGACCAUAGCAGCUCUUUUAUGGCAGAUCUGGAAGGCCAGAAAUCAUGUUAUCUUCCGCCAUCACUUCACGCAGCCAGACCAGCUUGUUGAUUCCGCUCUGGCUCUCGCCCACCUGCAUAUAACAGUUCAGAAUCCGCAUUUGCAGCAGCAACCGAAGACGGGCAAAAAAUCGCCGAACCCUAAUACUACCUGGCUCCCACCGGUGCAGGGCAUGAUCAAAGUGAAUAUAGAUGGUGCCUUUCCUAUUGCAGAAAAUUUGGGUGUGAUCUCCAGCAUCAUUCGGGAUCAUAAGGGCAGUCUGCUCAGAGGCUUUACCAAAAGCGUUCCAGCAACCUCUGCACUUGCAACGGAGAUUCAAGCUUUGUUAUAUACUCUAAAAGAUCUUCUUCAACAAGGAAAGCAUCAUUCUGACCUGAUCAUUGAAACCGACUGCAUCAUUCUGGUUGAAGCAAUUAAUCACGAGCGCCUUCCACCGUGGGAAUGCCGUGCCCUUCUUUCAGAGUGCGAAGCGAUUUUGCCCUCUUUUUCCAAUAUGAAAGUGCAGCACUGCAGAAGAUCGGCAAAUGCCCUAGCCGACUGA